AUGGAUCUCAGUAAGAUACUCGCCGCAGGUCCCAUCACCCCGCUGGAGGCUACACUGCUUGGUCGCGACCCCUCUUCGGCGUCGUCCACUCAACAGGAGCAAACCCCUUCGACGACAUCAGAGCCCAUGGGAGCACAGAAGCUGCCCGAUCACAUCUUCUACCUGAUUGCCAAGAACUAUAUUCAUCACCCUACUGACCUUUUCCACCUGGCCGUUACCAACAAGAGCAUGUGGGCAUGGCUCAAGAUCGAAUUGUACAAGACCGAAGUCCUCUUCACCAAAGAGCAGGAACGACAAGAGCUCAUCCUGGAUCCAUAUGAAUGUGAAACGAGCAUUGACUCGAUCCUGGAUACUCAUUUGAGUAGCGUCCCGUCGGCCGCGGAUCGCCUUGAGAUGUUCGAUGCGCGACCCAAUUUGCAGGGAGGUCGACCAGCUCUUCACUCCGCCGUCCGCAGUAACAAGAUCCCUCUCGCCCAGAAACUCAUUGCGGCAAGCGUCAAACAUUGGUUUGAAUAUAUCAACGUGAAGUACCUCAAAUUCACGGCUCUGGCUCGAGCCGUUUGGCGCCGCCACGACGAAAUGGUCGAGCUCUUGGUCCAGGCCGGCUGCUUUGUAGAUUCCUGGCACCCAGAGCUCAAGGGCCUCCGACGAAAGGUCCAUGAUGGCUAUGAGCUCGUCCCGGGCGUCGCUCUGACUUCGAAAACCUUCAACACCGAAUUCUGCCUACUUUACUCACCUCUAUGUAUGGCCAUAGCUAUGGGCCGUCGGGAACAAGCACUCUUGCUUGCACAGCACAGCAACGAUGGCGGUUGGUCUUGGGACAGUGGCUGCCAGGAACCCCUUCAUCUCGCCGCAUUCGCAGGUAUGAAGGCCGUGGUGAUAACUUUGCUGGAGCGCGGGUACACAGACGUGGUAGAGAGCUCACUCUACCUAGAUGCAGACCCGCUCUAUAUGGCCGCAGUCGGUGUUGAUGACAACAGAGACGUCAUGGAGCUAUUCAUUGCCGAUAAGGCCGACUGGGAGAUCGCGGAGGCCUGGAACGCGGCUAUCAGAGAACACGCGCCCAAGAAUGCCUUAAUGCUGCUGCAGUACAGCUUUGACCAGCAUCAACGCAAUGGUCGACAACUCAAGGGCCUACACGACGACGCUGUGAAUUGUCUGGAAUCUGACACGUCACUGCCGGUACUGCAGUGGAUUCUCCAAAAUGACGAGGCGCUUGAGACCCGGAUGCGCGUCGGUGCCGCCUGCCAGAAUCUCCUGGAACAAGGCCGCGGAGUCCCCUCGGCGACUUUGGCCUACCUCCGCAGACAUAAUAUCGCGGAGCCCGCGCGACCCAGGACUGUCGUUUACGAGGCUUUGCCGCACAAUGCUCCAGGACCACGGCCCGAGGCAGAGCGAGAUGCAUAA